AUGGAGAUUUGGAUAACAAGGAAGAUUGAGGUCAAUAUUGCUCCAUCUUCAUGGAGCAGAUUCUUGAGAGUGGAAAUGAAACCGUUUGUGGCGGCUGGGUCUUUCUUCAUUGACGAGGAUAAGAAAAUGGCUCUUGUUUCCGAAUCACGCGAAUCUUUUCAAGCUUAUAUCAUUGGAGCUGAUGGAUACUUCAAAUCUGUGAAUAUCAGAGGGGCGAGGCCGCGAGGGAACCACUUCGAUAUAGUGAUAACGAACUUGUAUUCUCUUCUUAUGCUCCAAGUUUAG